AUGAGCUCCAUGCAGUCAGACUCCUCUGCAAAUGUGACUUUUGUUCGUCCUGCUACAUUUUAUCUCAAUGGCUUUUUUAAUAUUCCACUUGCAAAAUACUACUAUGUGUUCUUGUCUUUAGUAUAUGUUGUUACUGUUUUGGGGAAUUCAUUUAUUAUGUGUAUCAUAUAUUUGGUGCGUAGGCUCCACACAGCCAAAUACAUUGCUGUUUUUCAUCUGGCUCUUUCUGAUCUGUGUGGAAGCUCAGCUUUGAUUCCAAAAAUCAUGGACACAUUUUUAUUUGAGCACCAGGACAUUUUAUAUGAAGCAUGUUUGGCAAAUAUGUUUUAUGUAUUUCAUUUCAUGAAUCUGCAGUCUUUUUCAUUAAUUGUCCUGGCUUACGAUAGAUUGGUAGCUAUUUGUUUUCCUCUGCGGUAUCAUGCCAUUGUAACCAAACCAGCCAUGCUUCUGAUUCUAGGAUUGAUGUGGAUUUUUUCUGUGAUUUUCUUUUCUGUACUUGUAGGUUUGGUGAAUAGAAUUUCUUUUUGUAAAUCUAAUGUAAUUGAUACUUAUUACUGUGAUUUUGCCCCUAUUUAUAGGCUAGCUUGUAAUGAUAAUUCUGUCCAUAUUUUAAUGGGGAAAAUUUGUUUUGGGCUCCUAAUGUGCAUGCCUCCAAUACUGAUCUUCAUUUCAUAUUUCUGUAUUGCCCUGGCUCUGCUUAAGAUUUCUCAUGGUGUUGACCGGAUCAAAGCCAUGAAAACUUGCACCUCUCAUCUCAUGUUGGUGGCAAUUUUUUAUCUACCAAUUUUAAGCAAUAAUUUUGCAUCUAUGAUAACACCUCUACAUCCAAAUGUCCGUAUAAUUAACAGUUCCCUGACACAAACAAUGCCACCUAUGCUGAAUCCCAUCAUAUACACUCUAAAGACCGAGGAGGUCAUGCAAUCCAUAAAAGAACUGUACAAACGCAGCAGGGUGCAUGCUACGAUAGCAAGACAUUAUGAAAUACAGUGGCAGAAAUGA